CUUCCCCGUUCCCUCUCACUCCUGGGACUGGAAAGAUAGUGUCACACCUUUUGUCUCCACAGAACCUUUCAUCACGUAGCUGGAGCCAAACUGAGGAAGGGGUAAUGGACAGGAGAUGAUGCUUAUCUGCAAAAGAACGUGGACGCCUAGUAAUCGAAAAUGACUCAAGCCAACCAGCUCCGUGCAUCUGGAUUCAGGCAGGCGGGGAAAGCGGCCAGGGGGCAGGGAACACUGAUCCCGGGAAACUCGGCAGCAAGUCCAGUCGCAGUCUGUACGCUGGAGAGAUGACUGACUAUGGGAACGUGAGCCUGGAGUUCUACUGCGGCUCCAGCCCUCCCAAAGCCGCAGAAAUCUUACGGAAUCUGAAUUUGCCUGCCAGCAUUUUAUACAGUGUUCUCACUCUAAUGGCUGUAAUUGCAAAUCUUGUGUAUUGCGAGGAAGUUGUAUAUUUGCUGAGAAAAGUCCCAUCUACAGACAGGAGAGCGACUAUAAUAUGGGUCAGCGGGGCUGCACCGGUGAUAGCAUCAGCAUCUUGUAUUGGCAUGUGGAUUCCUUUGGCAUCAAUGAUCACAGAUUUGACAAUAGCAGUAUACUUCGCAAUUGUCAUCCAUAAGUUCCAGCGGAUGAUGAUAGAAGAAUUUGGAGGUGAUGAAGCGUUCCUGAAACAUUUUGAAAAUACUCCUGUGAAGAUUAGUACAGGACCUUUGUGUUGCUGCUGCCUAUGUUUGCCUUUUGGAAGGGUUUCAAGGCGCCUGAUGUUCCUGCUGAAAUUGGGCACAUUUCAGCUGGCUUUCUUGCGUCCAGUUCUGAUGAUCUUCACGUUGGUCCUUUGGGUGAAUGGGACCUUUAGUCUUGAUGAUCUUACACCUAGUGGACCUGCGAUUUGGAUUAACACUUCCCUUGGCAUUUCCACAAUAUUUGCAUUGUGGCCAAUUGGAAUCAUUUUCAAUAAAGUCAAAGGUGAACUUAAAAAUCAGAAGAUAAUCCCUAAAUUCACCCUUUAUCAGAUUUCAUUCAUUCUUACUCAGCUCCAAUCUGCCAUUAUCAACAUAACAGCAUUGUCAGGAGGUUUGGCCUGUGCACCUCCAUUUUCACCAACAGCCAGAGCGGCAUAUAUGAACCAGCAGCUUCUCAUAAUGGAGAUGUUUAUUAUAACUAUGCUAUCACGCAUUUACUACAGAAGAAAAUACAAUCCCCUAGAAAUAGAUGAAAUGCAAACCUCAAUAAAAACACAAAUACCCUAAACCUUGUGAAUUAUAGUAUGGCAUAAAGCAAAAUCUCAAGAGCAUAAGGCAAUAACUGAACAUUGUUUACUAGAUUUGUAUUGAGGUAUUGACAGUUUCCCAAUUUUCUUUUGGGCAUUCCAGUAACACCCGUUUUUCAAUAAAGAUGUUUGAUUAGAUUCUGAAAGCUUUUACAUUUGACUUAAUUGAUAGUUUUGUCAUCACAAAGCAACUGUCUUCAAUAAUACGACAAUAGUUUGACUAUUUUAAUCAGUGGGAUGAAAGUGUGCUUGUAUGUUAUCCACAAGUCUACUCGCACAGCACUGACAAACCAGAUAUCAUGUCCACAUCAGCCUCUGGUCAGGAAAUUAUGGGUGUACUGUCUGAAUUAUAGAGUAGAUUUUAAAUGAAAUGAAUAAAAAAUAUGAAAACUGCAAUAGGCUUGUUUUAGUCCUUGCCAAUAUUUUGCUGUUGAUACCAUUUCUUAUCUAAACUAUUUUUUGGGGGAGUCAGUCAACUUGUUCAAAAUUUUACGCAGGGCUAAAUAAUUCUCCAUAUGAUUUCUCAUUUAAGAGGGAGAGCAACAUCUGAAGCUGAGGAAACUAUGAACCUCUCACACACUACAAAUUGAUAACUUAGAGGAAUUACAACUUGUAAAUUGGGGGACCGUUUUGUUGAACACCUCUGCUCCAUCCACCAAAAUUGGAACUUCCCACUGGCCAUAUGUUUUAAUUCUGAUUCCCAUUCCAUUCUGACAUGGUGGUCCAUGGCCUCCUUUUGUGCCAAGUUGAGGCCACCCUCAGGUAGCGGGAGCAAUGCCCUAUAUUCCAUCUGGAUAGCCUCCAACCUGAUGGUAUGAAUAUUGGUUUCUCUUUCCAAGUUAAAACAAAAAUACCCUUCCCCCACCUUCUUCUCUAGCCCUUUACUUUUCCCACUCGUAUGGCUUCACCUAGCACUCUCUAGCUAUCCUUUUCCUGCCUCCCCACACCUUUUUAUUCUGGCUUCUUCCCCCUUCCUGAAGAAGAUUCUCGACCUGAAACACCAACUGUUUAUUCUUUUCCAUAGAUGCUGCCUGACCUGCUGGAUUCUUCCAGCAUUCUGUGUGUGUUGCUGAUGAAAUCUUUGUUCAUUCUGACUGAGUGCCAUACUUAAGGUGAAAAGUGCCUUUCUCUUAAUGUUACUGACAAACUACAUCUAUCCAAUAAAUGUUUAUAUGAUUUUUGUACCUAGCUUCCAAGAAAGAUACAAGUAGUUAAAAUCCAGUACAUCUUAAAACACUUGUGUUGCUUUUAUUUUUUCUUCAUGGUUCUGCCCUGUAACUAGUAAUAUUUAAUAAAACAUGAAGAAAUUAAAACAUGUUUGUAUACUUGUGUUCUUUAAUAUCAAAUUAUGUUUGGUAAUAUAAUCCAGUUGUACAUGAAAUAAGAAAAAGCAAAAAAAAUUGAAGAUAAUAUCAGUUAAUCAAAUAUCAGUUACUUCAGUUACACUUGUGUUGUUGUGUACAUUCCUUGCCCUUUGCAUUUGUAACUUUUGUGUGACAUUAAGCUUGUGCCUAUAAAUAAAUUAUAACCAUUAUAUU